CUUAAAAUCUCGCUGCGCUUUUUUCCCCCCUCUUUACUUCCAUCAAGUGCACGUUUUUAUUUUUUUUUUUUCUCCGGCUCCUAUGGGAAUUAAGCACUCGUCCCGCUGCAUGCUCCUCAGGAGAAAAAUGGCGGAGUCCGAGAGCAUUGAGCAACCGCAGUUGCAGCCUCAGCCGAUCCGCAUCAUUCCGUCACAGUCGGCCCAGCCGACGCCACUGCCCAAGCCGGUGCCUUCAGUCCAGCACGCCCCCCGGCCCCCCCGGCCGCCACACACCCCCCACGCUGCCGGCCUGCCCAGCUGCCCCGGCCGGGGCAAGAUGUCCAAGUUCCUCAGCCCGGAGGAGAUGACCUCUCGGGAUUACUACUUUGACUCUUACGCCCACUUUGGUAUUCACGAGGAAAUGCUGAAGGAUGAAGUGAGGACGCUCACCUACAGGAACUCCAUGUACCACAACAAGCACGUCUUCAAGGACAAGAUCGUGCUGGACGUUGGGAGUGGGACGGGGAUCCUCUCCAUGUUUGCAGCCAAAGCCGGGGCCAAGCACGUGUAUGGGAUUGAAUGUUCCAGUAUAUCGGAGUACUCGGAGAGGAUCAUCAAGUCCAACCACCUUGACAGCGUCAUCACCAUCUUCAAUGGGAAGGUGGAGGAGGUGGAGCUUCCUGUGGAGAAGGUGGACAUCAUCAUAUCCGAGUGGAUGGGCUACAGCCUCUUCUACGAAUCCAUGCUCAACACGGUCAUCUUUGCUCGAGACAAGUGGCUGAAACCUGGAGGACUGAUGUUUCCCGACCGAGCCUCUCUCUACGUGGUGGCGAUCGAGGACAGGCAGUAUAAAGACUUCAAAAUACAUUGGUGGGAGAACGUCUACGGCUUCGACAUGACCUGCAUUCGCAACGUGGCCAUGAAGGAGCCUCUGGUGGACGUGGUGGACCCCAAACAGGUGGUGACCAACGCCUGCCUGGUCAAGGAGGUGGACAUCUACACAGUGAAGCCUGAAGAUCUGUCAUUCACCUCGUCUUUCUGUCUGCAAAUCCAGAGGAACGAUUACAUCCACGCGCUGGUCACUUACUUCAAUAUUGAGUUCACCAAGUGUCACAAGAAGACUGGGUUUUCCACAGCUCCAGAUGCGCCGUACACCCACUGGAAGCAGACCGUGUUCUACAUGGAGGACUACCUGACUGUGCGGCGGGGCGAAGAGAUCGUUGGCAGCAUCGCUAUGAAGCCCAACGAGAAAAACAUCCGCGACCUGGACUUUACCUUUGAGCUGGAUUUCAAAGGGCAGCUGUGUGAAGCCGCCAUAUCUCACGACUACAAGAUGCGUUAAGAUGGAGCGGCGGGACGUCGGCGCCCCGCCGGGCGGGACUUUCUGAGCAGCAGAGGGAGACAGAGAC